GCCAUGGACACUGUAGUCAAUCAACACGGUCUUGACAUUGAAGCUUUGAAGUCAUCGUGUCUUCCUCAUGCUGGUGGUACCCAAACGGAAGAUUCUGGGUCUGCUCAUUUGGCUGGGUCUUCCCAAGUGGUUGGAGUUAGCAAUGAGGGCAAAGCAAGUCUAGUUGAAAAUGAGAUGUCAAAAUAUGAUGCAUUCACUUCUAGUAGGCAGCUUGGUGGAUCAAACAGUGCAUCACAAACCUUUUACCAAGGGUCUGGAACUCAAAGUAACAGAUCAUUCGAUCGUGAGAGUCCA